AUGCGCUCGACGGCCGCGCGUUCAAAUCGAUCGUCCGUACAUCACCUCAAGUCAUCCUCGAUCCCAAGCCCAUCGACAACGUCGUCUACUUAUCAUCAUCAACAGCAGCAGCAACAGCAAAUUCUAUAUGCUCCCGUCAGUAGUCCAAUGGUGACUCUUCAACCAUGCGGAACAGCACUCCAUCCUUCAUGCGUUUAUCCAACCGUUCAGUCUCACAUUAUUUCACCGAAUUCCACCCAUUUACAACUUCAAGGUAAAAGCAACCGAUGGCACGCCAAGAACAAACCGUCUCUCGGUCAACAGUACUGUCAACAGCAGCCACAGCAACAGCAACUCUCGUACAAUCCAAAACCUGUAGUACUUUUCGACCAGCCGCCCACCAGCGUUGCAUCAAUCCCUCCGUCGACCACAUCCUUUCUAGUAGCAUCAUCCACGUUUACCCAUGCUGGACCAUUGCACAACGAGCAUUACAGUAACAAUUCUGGAGUGACGCAUCUGUUACCGCAGCCCUUCAAUUUUAAGCCGCCCGAUAUGCAGACCCUCUGUCUCGUCCAAGAUCGACAGAACAUUCAGCAACAGCAACAGCACCCGAUGCAGAAUUCCUAUUAUAAUAUCUCGGCCACAAAUACUUGUAGUCUGCAAACUGUCAACGCCAACUCGUCGACUUUCCCGCUUGCCAGCCUCAAUCCUUACACCAGCCUAGGUGGUAGCUUCAACAAUAAUCAAUUUCCAGUAACGGUGCAGUCAUCUCCACUCUUCUCGAAUCCGCCUGUUGGUUUAAUGCUUGCACCACCAAGAGGAGACAAGCCUUCGUCCACAUUAGAUUUCACACCGUUUAAGCAUAACGCGGACACAUCGAGCGCCUGCGAGUCUCAAGUCGUUCCAACCGGUCAGAACGAGAAUGGCUGGCCUUCCCAGACUGAGACGUUUUCUAAGAAUGACGCGCAAACUGUCACGGGAAAUAACAGGAGCCUCGAGUCCACCGAGUGUGCUUUGCAGAAAUCUCUCUCUGUCGUCGCGAAGACAGAUGAGGAACAUUACUCUGACGAGUCUUCGAAUAGCUUUGACUUUACUAUUGAAGCCGAGAAAAUGGUCUCCGCUCUGUGUAACACGACGUCUUCGAACGAUUUAGGCAAGGAGGAAACGAGGCCUGGCAACAAGAUUGAUUCUACGUUGUUCAAUGGUGCAGGCGACAAUAUGUCUAACAAGACAAACUGGUUUAUAGAUUUCUGCUCCGAGUACGAAAACAAAAUGUCAAUAGGCGUUCAAACGGACGAUCCGAGCGUGGACAGAUCGCAGUAUCCAGAGCUGAUUCGAAAAACGGCUUACUGGGGAUGCACACUGGCUGAAAGUGUUCUCGAGUCGGAAGAUUCGCAAACGGAUUUCAAACGGACCUGGUUAACUUGUCUGUCAUCUGCCACCAGAACGGCAAUCACAAAAUCCUCGACAUGCAUCCCGGUCUUUGCGGGGGAUCGAGUUUUUGCCGACGAUCUCAUAAACGCUCUUCUACGCAUUAGCAAUGGAUGGCUGAGCCUUGAUAACUAUCUGAACAAACAGCAUUUUCCCAAUUUAUUGGACAGAUUGGAUCCUGAGUUGAUUGCGUGCUUUCAAACGUGGGAAGAGAGCACGUGCGAAUUACUGAAGCAAAUAGUGCGAACCUUCCAGAAGUUUGGAGAAAACAAAGAGAUGAUGGACCAGAAACGCAAUGUGACAUCGUCAUUUCCAGGCGACGUGUCGCUUUAUACGACCUACAAUCUUUUCGUUCCGUUGCCUUCGAAUUCUCUUUCUCAACAACGUCUUGAAAAAUCUUCUUCGUUAGAAAAACCGUGCAGCGCGAUAUCGGCAUCGUUACCAACCAGCAGUCUGCGUAAUAUUCAAUAUAACUCCAACUGUCAGCAGGAACAACAAUCGAUGAAUCUUAAAGAAAGUAAAUUACGGAGCAAGUGGACGAUUACGGAGAAUUUAUCGUCCAUGAUUAACAGCACAAAAUCCAUGCCGAACGUCUCGGUGUGUCCCUCCGACAGUCUCGGAAGUCAUAAACUUCGCACCAAAAAUGCAUCAUCUUCCAAGAAAUUUGACUUCACUCGGAAAUCGCUGAACGCCGAAUUCUGCCAGCUGAAAAACAAAGUAAUGGAAAGCAGCGCGGACGCAACGAAGGAUAAACGACAGGAUUACACGCCGGAAGAUAAGCUUACGACAUUGCUCGAUAAUACCGAAUCCAUCCGACUACAACAUCCAGCGUCAAAUACUCCUAUAAGCUACAGCGGACUGUAUGCGCGGAAUUGUUUAUCCUUCACGUUUCCUUUAUCUGGCCAUUCAGAUUCUUCGUAUUCUACUCCCAACACGGGAAUUCCAACGUAUAGAGUCAGUUAUCCCUCUUUGGGGCCUUAUCCUAGUACCGAUAUCAAUUCGAAAAGCAACAGUAACACCGAGCAGAUUUAUGGAGUUAAAACCGCGAAUGUCAAUCCAGUUUAUGUGAAAUCGCAAACUGAGCAACUAGAACUCCCAGCCGUGCCUAGAAAUAAGGUGACCCUGCUCAGUCAGAUCGAGCCACGGACAUUCGAUAAGGAGUCCGAGGAAAUGGCAGCCAACUUGUCGGCCUGGUUCGCCAGCAUGCGAAACGCACAGCCUCCAGCGACCGCCUCGACCUUCGAGGAGCCAAGGACGAGCUCGGCGCCGCGAUUAUUCGUUCAAGAGAUGCCCAAGUACUCGAUGAUUAUAGCCAAGCAACCGCAGUUUGACGCGAACCGGCAGUUCCAGGCGUUGCAAAAUCUGCCGAAUAUCCAGAGCACACCUUGGGCCGCUAGCAACUUCAUCGACAAUCGUUUCCACGUGCAACAAGCGCCCGAAGAGUACGACAGUUCUGAAGACGUGCGUGUGUACAUGAAACCGGGCAGCUACAACGUACCGAAGAAGAGACAUCAGAGAAAACCCAAUCGUCGAUCGAGCAACAGCGCAUCUCGCAACGUACACGCGAGCAGUCAUCACAACGUAUGCGGUAAUAAUGGAAAGAGUGUACCGAUACCAGCAUCAUCGACGCCUCUAUCUCAUGCGAACGUGACAACCUUGUCCACCAACAUCGGCAAUACCACGCUGAUCAAGACUUCGUUCCCGCCAGCUUCGCAAUUACCCGUGCCUCUCUUCAAGCUUGAGAGUUCACCUAGGAUCUUAAAACGCACAGAAUCUCUGUCGCAGGACACUCGUCAGGAUGUCACCUGGAAAGCGGCGUGUGCCUCGGCUGAGAUACUUCUUGAAGCCCUUAACGUAAAGGACUGUGGUAAUAUGUCUAAAAACGUCGAUUGCAACGUCGAUAGUAACAGCGAGAAGGAAGAUAAGAACGAAGAUCCUGCUGAAACAUUAACAAUCGUAUCCCAGAAGAGCGAUCCGAAAUCAUUGAUGCAUGAUACCGCUGACUGUGCGUCGUCCUAUGAAGCAUCAGAGGAUGAUUCAGAAUCCACGUGCAGACUAUCGCCUAGCAUGAGUGUAAUAUCGGUGUCUCAAUCGCGCGAGGAUGAGAAUGGUAGUAUCAAGACCAACGUGAAAACGGAUUCCUGGCUGAUCAGGACUCUCAAUAACGCGAGCAUCAUCGGCAAGCAGAAGCGACAGAAGGACGACGUAGAUCGACAAAGUUCAGAGUCUUCGAAUAGCUCGGAAAUUGACGUAAAACCGUAUCAGCUCGCAUCGUCGUUAACCGCUCAAGCAGAGAUAAAGACUCGUGCGACAAUCGUCGAUAGCGAAUAUCCAGCGAUCUUCUCUUGUGAGCAUGUUUCUACUUCUUUCGCGAAGAACGACAAAACGUCGACAAAAGAAUUGGAAAGUCACGUUGGAAGAGCCACGUAUUCUGAAACAGUACGAAGAUCCAUGAAAACAAACAACCUGCACCUUGAAAAGAAAGAGCCGCUCAAGUCGUGCGCGACCAAUUCAAUGGUAACCACCGUAAUACCAAUUCCUGGCCGCAAGUGUCAGAGGAAAGACCCCGUACAAUCCUAUCAACUUUUAUACAAAUCACGAAAAUCAGCCGACAAGAAAAGAAUGAAAAAUGCGGAUAGCAACGAUCUGCAACUGGAGGAGGGAUCGUGCAUGAAAGUCAAUGCUGUCAGGGUAAACAAUAUGUCAACUAUCAUGAAAACGAAUCAUGGGAAGAAGAAGAACUUGGAACAUUUGGAAGGCAAGAAAUCGGGUGAUCGUGGCUGGACAGUGUGGUGCAGUUCCAAAAGAAAACAGAGCCUCAGUCCUUUGAUAUUCAAUAAAUUAGAAACGAUUCAUCGAACUAUCUGGCAGAUGGACGAGGCGAAGAUUAUCAAAUAUACACUCUCGUAUGACAACAAGGACGACGGCCAGUCUUUAUCCGCAUUAAUAAUGGAAGAUCACUGCAACAUCCUUAAGAGCCCGAUGUUUCUCGAGAUUAUCGAGUACAAGUUGAAGAAUCGAAUUUACCAUAAAGUCGAACACGCUGUACAAGAUUUCCGUCGCAUUAUUAACAACGCGAAAUUACAUCAUCAGCAUGAUGAUGAACGAACGAAAAAGAUUGAGGUGCUCUCAAAGAAAUUGGAGGAUUUAGUCGAAGAACAUUUCGGCAAUUUGGAAUUUGACAGUAUUACCAACAGUCCGGGAGAAGAUUCAUCUAUGCAACUGCGAUUUAAGACAUCUGGACAGAAAUUGAUCGCCGGACGCUACGAUAGCACGAAGAAAAAUAUAUCGAUCAUCGCGGAGGAUUCUUCGCUCUACUGACUGUUGCUUCUCGUCGAAAUAAAAACUCUAAAUUAAAUUAUUGCAACAAAGCUAUUAGCGAAAGUAACGUUCUUUACGGAACAUUGUGCAUAAGAACUUCUAGUCACGAAUCAUUUUGUACGGUUAAUGAUGUAGGUGUUUUCUUUUUUCCAUUCUCGAAUAUCGGAAUCGCUGUCCGGUGGCUAUAAACUACUCGUUGAAUUUUUCUGUCUCCGAAUAAUUUUAUUAACUAUGGAAAAUGCGCGUGUGUUCUGUCUGCUGACAAUAAUCUCAAUUUCGUAACGAUAUGUUUUAGUAAAGAAAGAAAAACUGUAUUAAAU